AGAAAAUUCAGUGCCUAGAUACUAGAUGGCAAGCAGAUCUGUUGCACAGUGUGGCCGCAGUCCUAGGGCAAUCGGGGGCGCCGUGAGAAUCGCGAGCAUCGGGUCUGCUCUUCCCCGAUCACCGGCACAGGCUAGACAGUCCCAAAGAACGUUGUGCACUACCAGACCGCUUCUGGCAGGAAUCCCAAACAUGCAGACAAUCAAGGUGCGCAGCCCAAACGGUGCUGCUUGCUCGUGUGCUGAUGCAGUCGCAGAACACGCUCGCCGAGAACUUUGGCGGCCCCAUGUCGAAGCUGGGGUCGAACCAGUUCAGCCUCGACGAGUGCCCAGACCUGACGGGAAAGGUUGCCAUUGUGACAGGCGGAAGCCGCGGCAUCGGCUACGGCAUCGCGCACACACUGCUCAAGCACAACAUCUCAAAGCUCUACAUCCUGUCCAUUACCAAGGAAGCGGGCGACGCGGCAAAGGAGGCGAUCGCAAAGGACCUCGGACAGGAUACGGCCGACCGGGUGACGUGGGUGCACUGCGACCUGGCCGACUGGAAGCAGGUGGAGCGGGUGGCGGCGGCGAUCCGGAAAGAGACAGACCGACUCGACAUUCUGGUCAACAACAGCGGAUGGGGGAUCAUGACACCGUCGCUGACGAGCUACGGCGUCGACAAGCACAUGGCGGUCAACCACAUGGGCCACGUGGUGCUGACGAGCCAUCUGCUGCCGCUGAUGAAGAAGACGGCGGACCGCGGUGAUACGGUGCGUAUUAGCAACCAGGCCAGCAACGCUCACCAAGGCGCCCCGUCCGACACGCAGUUUGCGAGCCUCGACGAGAUCAACAGCGACGCGGGACCCAACGGCCAGUACGGCCGGAGCAAGCUGGCGAACAUCCUCUUCACGCGCUACUUCAACCGCAAUGUCACCAAGAACGGCUACCCUAACAUCCUCAUGAACGCCACGCACCCGGGGUUUGUCAGCACCAAGCAGAGCACCCAAGACAUCCACGAGCCGUACCCCAUUGCCGGCUACGCCAUGUCGUACGGCAUGGACCCGAUCAAGAAGGACCAGUUCCAGGGCGCAGUGCCGAGCGUGUACGCGGCGACCAUGGCCGAGGACUCUGGCCAGUUCAUCUGCGCGCCCGCCAUUCCGGAGCCGGGCAGCGAGAUGUCGCAGAGCGAUGAGUUGGCGGACAAGUUGAUGGAUCUAACGAGGCAGGUUGUCAGCGAGAGGUCGGGUGUGAUCAUCUGA